AGGAAUAAUUACAAGAGUGGGUCACUAUUGGUAGAGAGCAUCCGGCGGAGGCAGGAAAAAGGAAUCAAAGCCGCAUAACACUAUCAGAGUCUGAGUGGAGCAUCAUCAGCGCUGACGUCCAGUUUAUCCCCUCAGCGUCCACUUUCAAUGGACGGGCUGUAAGCCGCUGCUCAGACAGACAGCAGAGAGGAAGAGGAGCGCGGAGGAGAGUCUCUCCUCGGUGAUUUCAAGUGGGACGUAGCAGCUUUUAUUCUUUCUCCUCUCCGAAUAAUUUUUUCCUUUCAAGUCGUUCGAGCAAGUGGGGACUCUGCUGCGGGGUUCAAGCCAAGGAAACGGGAUUUGUCUUCAAAAGGGACGACGUGAAACUGCCAUGGCCCUUUUGUGGUUCUCCGGACUUACCCUGGUAAUCUUAACCCUCAUCCCUCAACGGUCCCUUGGUUGCCCCUUUGGAUGUCGCUGCUACAGCCUCACAGUGGAGUGCGGAUCGCUAGGGAUCAAGGAAAUUCCACAAGGUGCCCCCUCCAUUACAGAGACUAUCUUCCUCCAGGACAAUGCUAUAGUACAGAUUCGUCUUCAGGACCUGAAACGCCUGAGAAACCUCCAUUAUUUGUACCUCCAGAACAACAGUAUCUCUGCCCUUGAGCCUGGGGCCUUUCUCAACCAGGGCCAGCUCCUGGAGCUGGCCCUCAAUGGAAACCUCAUCCACCUGGUCACCCCUGACAUGUUCCAGGGUCUGGAGCAUCUCCGAAUCCUCUACCUUGCUGGCAACCAGAUUACUCGCAUCCAGGACCACACGUUCAGGGGACUGCAGCGCCUGCAGGAACUGCACCUGCAGGAAAACAGCAUAGAGUUGUUAACAGAGCAGGCUCUGUCUGGCUUAUCAUCUUUGGCUCUGCUGGACCUCAGCAGGAAUCACCUCCGCACUUUGGGAGCCUUGUUUCUAAAACCCCUCGUCAGCAUGCAGGUGCUCCGUAUUACAGAGAACCCGUGGCGCUGUGAUUGUGCUCUCAGUUGGCUAAGAACCUGGAUUAGUGAUGAUGGACAGCGUCUACUAAGCUCGGCAGAACAGCGUCGACUGAUGUGUGCUGAACCCCCUCGUCUUUCACACCUCAGCCUGGCAGAGGUGGCGCCCAACAGUCUGGUGUGUAUUCCGCCUGUUGUGCAGCUAGAGCCCAGCCACCUGACAGUGCGACUCGGCGAGAGCCUCCGAGUCUCCUGCCAGGCCUCGGGAUAUCCUCAGCCUCAGGUGACAUGGAAAAAAGCUUCCAUGGGCAAGGCCCAGUUAUCACCUCGAGGUCUUUUCCAAGAGCUGGGACCAAAUGGGGAGCUGUUCCGACCAGGGCCUGGGGGGAUGGUGACAGCCCUGCCUAGCAAUCGGGAGAUCAAGAUGGGAGCAGUUGGAGGAAUCCAGGGACUUGUGCGUGGAGCAGAAGAGGGCGGUGAAAGAGAUAGCUUUGAUCCAGACAUGGGCAGCGGCAUGUUAUUCCUCAGUAAUGUGACUGUAGCACAUGCUGGGCGCUAUGAAUGUGAGGCCUGGAACCCGGGUGGUGUGGCUAGGGUUACAUUUCACCUGGCUGUCAACAUGUCUUCUUCCUCUUAUUCAUCCCAGCUCUGGCCUCGUUUGAACACACAGUCCUAUGUUUCAUUAUCAUCUAGCUCCUUCUAUCAGCCCGAAGUCCUAGAUGUUAGUCAGGAGCCCCUGUAUGAGCAGGACAGCAUGGACUUCAGUGCUCUAGGUCCAGCCACACAGACCGCCAUUGCUAUGGGAAUCUCAUUGCUGGCUCUCACUGCUGUUCUUCUCCUGAUUAUGAUCUACACUCGCCACCAGCAGUACCAAAAAGAGGACAAUAGCUCCUACUGUACUACUAAGGAGGAGAGCAUCCUUUAUGUGAAUGACUACUCUGAUGGACCCACAACUUUUGCACAGUUGGAAGAGUACCGUGAUGACCACGGCCAUGAGAUGUAUGUACUCAACCGAACCAAGCCUGUCAUGGGCUGUACCACAUCUAGAUGUCCAAUGAUAAGUGGCUUUGUCCAGCAGAAAGGAAUGAAGGAAGCUCUCCUGGACCACGAAAUGGUCCAGACACUGACGCGAUCGGGGGGACUUGGGUUUCGCAGAAACCCGGCAGAGGGUGGAGAGGGCCCACUAACGACAGAUCCAGAAGAAAUGCUUCUCAGCCAGAGCCUCCUGUUUGGAUCUCAGGUUGCCUAUGAGAUCCACUGUUGAAGCAUCUUCAAUGGGUGAAACUAAGUGUUAAAGGACUUAAAGACUUUAAUAACCAUCUUGUAACAUUUAAAAGCAUAAGAUUAUUAUCUGGCUUUCAAUACAGAGACACUCAGAUAGUAGUUGCAGAGGGAAAACAGGAUCUAUUCCAGCUUUCCAAAGAUCCUCUUCUAAUUAAUUGUGUGACAAAAAGAUGGGUCAGAGGACUGGACAGUAGUAUUUACAGAGAAAAUUAUUAUUGACCUAUGCUUUUCAACCUCCAAAUAAACACUUUCAGAACAAUUACAAGUGACUAACUUCACCACAAGACGUUUAUAUCAAAGUUAAACUAAAUCCUAACAAAAUAGGCCCAACCUGUUCAGUGUAUGGUUGUAACAAUGUCAGUGGUUGGUGAUCAAUAUUUUCUAUAAAUGUAUUUAUUUAAGUUAUGUUUUAAGUAUUUUGUCUCUAAGUUUGAUGUUGUUCAUUUUGUGUGAAGUGAAGCUGUUUUGUGGACCCUGUAAUAAAUUUAAUUAGAAUCAUCUCUACAACAAAGGUUUUAUGGAAGCUGCAUCAUCAGCUGCAUAUGUUGUGAGGGUCUGUGUGGCCAGAGGGGAUUAAAGGGGUCCAACAUGAAUGUGGCAAAAGUCAGAGAGUUUUGAAUGUUUGCAUCACUGCACUGUAAUCUUUAAUCUUUUGAUGUCUUAUGCUUUUGUCAUUUAUACCAUAACCCCUAAACCCAGCAACUUGGAUGAAACACAACAACAAAAUCUAAGACAAUAUUUUAUAUGAAAAACAACACAGGUGAUUAUAAGGUGUUGGCCAUUUAAUUCCUUCACCAUUUCACUGUUUUGAUUGUUUAGUACCAACUAUUUCGAGUAGGAAAAACGCCUCUUGCCACAAGACAAUUCAUAUCGACCAUGCAUCAAUUUAUACAUCCAUUUUGGGAUAAACUGAAGUGACCCCAAUCUCAUAGAAGAAAAUAGGGGUGUUAGUCCAAUUACCAGCAGGAGAUAGCUCAUAGUAUAUUCAGUACGGCCAUAUUUCAGAAGAGUCCACUGGAACAUACAGAAUUAUAGUCAAAUAUCAUCAAAAACAAUUGUGAAGAAAUUUAAUUAGCUGUGAGAUUAUAUUUUAAGAUUAUUUGUCUGGAAAAUACUCAACAACCAAGAGAAAACCAUUGCUAUGCAAUGGUUAAUCAUGUACCAUACAUGGUCUCAAAAUGCUUUGUCUCACGGUAGAAACUGGAAGUACAGUGUUGUGAAAAAGUAUUUGUCCUCCUAAAGAUUUGUUCUGGUUUUGCUUUUUUGUCUCACAGAAAUUUUUUAAUCUUAACCAUUCUGGCCAUAUGUAAAAACAAAGUUGCCCCCUUGUUAAAUCACAACUUAACUGUGAUUAGCUGCAUUUUUUUGUUUAGUUUCACUAAUCACACCCAGAUAAAGAAGCCCAAAGGAUCUCACAAAAUAUCACACUGUGCCCCGAUCAGAAAAAAAAAUAGGAACAGAUGAGAAACAAACUCAUUGAGAUCAACUAGUCUGGAAAGUUUUACAAUGCCUUUUUUAAGGCUUUGGGAUUCCAGUGAACCACAAUGAACACUAUUAUCCACAAAUGGGGAACAAGUGAAACAGUGGUAAACCUUACCAGGAGUGUCUGGCUUACCAAAAUUACCUCAGGAGUGCAUCAACGACUCAUCCAGGAGAUCAUAAAAGAACCCAGAACAACAUCUAAAGUAUUUCAGACCUCAGUGGGGUUCUCUGAAGUCUUAAUUGGUAAUAGUUAAUUUACCUGUAUUAAAAAGAUAUCAAAUGACCAUGAAGUUGGAGAACAAAUAAGAAAACUCAGCCUGAAAAUGUUCAUAUCAGAUAGAUAUAAUGCCAUGUCAGCAGAUAUUAACAGUCAGCAGUUUGGUGUUUUCAUUAAGCCAAACAACAUCUUUUUUUUUACUUUUGGAACUCUCUUAGAUAACUUAGCAACGUUUCUGAAACAAUUAAUUGAGCUCUGUACCAGAGAAUUCAUCGGUUUGUGACCUUAAGCUCAACACUUGAAUCAUGCAGCAAUGCAAUGAUCCAAAGCACCCCAGAAAUUUCACAUUGAAAUGUCUAAAAGUAAAAAAAAAAAAAAAAGGGUUCUGGACUGGCCUAGUCAAAGUCUGCUUUUAAAAUUUGAAUUAGAUGGUUUGGCACACCUGACAGAGGAUCUUCAUACUUAUAAACCCUCUAAUGUGGCUAAAUAAAAAGAAUUUUGCAAAGAAGAUGGAUCAGAACUCCUCCACAGCAAUGGAAAAGACAUACUGUCAGUUAUCAAGGUUUAGGGGGCAAUCAGUUGUUCACAUAGGGCCAGAGUGGUUUGAAAACUGCGUUUUGUAUUUUCUCAGGUUAUCUUUGAUAUAAAAAAAAAAAGUUAAAUCUGAAAUGUGGGAAAUAAAACAGAAAAAAUAUGUAAGGGGGACAAUAAAUUUUCAUGCUACAAUAUUUGAUUGCAAAAUAGGGAUACAAGCUGGAGAAAGGGUGAAUUAAAACAUAGCCUAUUUCACAAAACACAAGGAAAAUAACAGUUCAAAAACUACAUCCAAAACAAAAGGCAAAACUCAAUGUUAAGUACAAAAACAUGUUUGGAAAAAACAUAUUAAGCAGGAAUUUUGCUAAACAAACUCCACCACAGAGAUAGAAUCCAAGGAAAACACAAUAAAACAUUGUGUCAGAUAACAUGUUUUGUUGUUGUGUUUCCUGAUUUUAUAUUUUUAUCUUUGGAAAAUGUUUAAAUUCUUACAUUUUUGUUUUGUUGUUUUUAUGUUUUCAUUGCUUUUGGUGUUGUGCGCAUCAAGGCCACUUUAAAUAAAAUUGUGUAGUUCAAACAAAUCUUAUCCUGCUAACACCAGACUGUAACAACUAACUUAAUAUGAAUAUUGUACAUGAUGUUUUCAGUUUGUAUACAUUAAAAUGUCUUCAAAUGAG